AUGGCCCUGGGACUCUUAGACACGAACGCGCGCGUUCAGAAAGACUGGCGACCCUCUUUCCUCACGACAUCGACGUACUGCUCGGGCGUCAGCAGUGGAGGCAGUAGCAUGGAGCCAACAACAGUACUGGACUCGGAGAUGCUUACUACCUCGCGGCUUAGUAGUCUGUACGGCGGCGUCGAUCGCUCGGGUCAGCGUCUAACAAGUUCCGAGGAGGACCUGGACGCGACGAAUGGAUCACCGUCGCAGAAGCAAAUUCAGAAGAAGCUGUUUGAGCUCCACAAGGUGCGGGUGCUGAAGCAGUUACCGUUGCCUGAUUGGAUGAAAAUUUUCGUGCCACGCAUUGUGCGUCUUCAGAUUGGUACCGUACCAUACAUGGAGUACGUGCGCACUGAGAAAGGUGAGGUGCGGCAGCGUCAGAUGAUCAGUGUAUGGACGCGUGUGGACCGCCUGCCCAAGAACAAGUUGUCCAUAAACUUUCGCAUGCCGGCGGACAAUGAGAGAUCCGCACCCACGUAUAGCUCAGCGGCAUCUAAAGACACAAAUGACAAUGUAGCGCUCGAUAAGUGGAUUCUUAAGUUUGAGACAAAAAACGAGAGGGAUAUGUGGGCCAAGCUAGUGCAGGAUUCCAUUGAUCUGCUUGGCUGGAUCGCCAAGUUUACACUCGGGAAUGUGAUCAUGGAGACAGAAAACUCAUCGAUUGUGGAGUGCUCGACAUGGAUGGAUCGUGGCCGUCCAUCUUACGUGAUGAAAUCCAUGGAAACUAUAUCUACCAAACAGAGUUACUCGGCUCGCAACGAGAUUGAAAUUCAGCGAAUGUUGACUGAUUACUCGAAUCACCCGAACAUUGUUGCACUCUACGACUCGUUCCAUCAAAAGGAAAAAGCUUAUUUGGUAAUGGAGAACUGCAUUGGCGGCGAUCUUUUUAAUUUCGUCAGCCAGAACGGCAGUUUAAAUGAGCACGAUGCCAGGACACUGUUCCGCCACAUUGCUGGCGCUGUCAACCACUGCCAUGAGCAUGGGGUUGUGCACCUUGACAUAAAGCCUGAGAAUAUAUUUUUCAAGGUGUCAGGUAUGCAAUUGGAAACUGUCAAGCUAGGCGACUUUGGCUCGGCCAUGCUUUUGGAGAAGAACGCGUCUAAGAAAGCUAUUAGUUGUACGGUGGGUUAUGCCGCACCGGAGGUGCUUCAGAACAGCGAGAUUUCUACUGCUGCCGACGUGUUCAGUGCUGGUGCUGUACUGUAUACGAUUCUGUGUGGGUACUCCCCGUUUAGCGCACCGUCAGAAGAUGAAAUGAUUGAGCGAACUUUGUCUGGCGAGAUAUGUUUUGACGAGCAUGAGUGGCGCCGAAUAGGGAAGGAGGCCCGGGAGCUGGUGAAGCAAAUGAUGCAUCAGGACGCAAAGCAACGCCUAAGCAUGGAGGAGGUGCUGCAGCACCCCUGGCUUCGUAAGUGGUAA